GUGACUCGUGCUCCUGUUGCGCGCACUGACUGCGGGAGGAAGAUCAGAUGAAGAUCAGUUUAACAGGCGCUCUGACAUCUUUCACUGAGCUUAUCAUGAUAUCCCGGGACGAAAUACUCAAACCCAUCUGGUACGCCUUCACUGCUCUGGAUGUAGACCGGAACGGGAAAGUAUCCAAAUCCCAGUUAAAGGUGCUGUCUCACAACCUGUGCACCAUCCUGAGAAUCCCUCAUAACACUUCAGCCCUGGAGGAGCACUUUAAAGAUGAUGAUGAAGGACCAGUGUCAACACAAGGAUACAUGCCCUUCCUGAACAUGUGCAUACUUGAUAAGAUCCAAGCCAACUUUGACUUCAACGAGCUGAAUAAAAUGUGCUGGACUUUAUCUGCACCAAAGCACAUCAGUUGCAAACAUCUGCUCAUCUCUGGGGUUGAUGGAUUUAAGGUCUGGUGCAUCUUCAACUAUCUGUCUGAAGAUAAAUAUCCACUGCAAAUUGUCAUAGAGGAGCUCGAGUAUUUCCUGCACAAGCUGUUUGCCGCAAUGAGUUGCAGUUGGAACGAGUACAGGUUUGAAGAAUACAAAAUGCGGCUCAGUGCAAAGAAAAAACAUCUGAAUGCUUGGGAACUGAUUGAGCUUAUUGGCAUGGGCCAUUUCACCAAGGGCAUAAACCCUCAGACUCUCUCCAUGGGCAUCAAUGAGGUCUUUCAGGAGCUUGUGAUGGAUGUUAUUAAGCAGGGCUAUAUGAUGAAAAAAGGCCAUAAGAGGAAGAACUGGACAGAUCGGUGGUUUGAGCUCCAUCUCAAUUCUAUGUCCUAUUAUGUGAGUGAAGACCUCGUAGAGCAGAAGGGAUGCAUUUCGCUUGAUCGCAACUGCUGUGUUGAGUCCUUACCAGACAAGGAUGGAAAGAAAAACCUCUUCGUUAUAAAAUGUGCUGAGAAAAGUUUUGAGAUCAGUGCAUCGGAUAAAAAGACAAAACAAGAGUGGAUUUAUGCCAUCCAGGACUGCAUCGUCCGCAUAAGGCAGGGCCUUUCCUCCCCAAACCGAGAAUCCAGACAGAAACGCAGGGAGCUGAGAAAGAGAGUGAAAGCUGAAAAGGAGGCCAUGGAGAACAGAAUGAGACAGCUGCAGUUGGCCAACGAUAUUAAGCAGGCCCAGCUGGAGGCCGUGACCAAGAAACUGCAGGACACAUCAGUCAGAGGUGAUUUGGAGGAACAGAGAAGACUUCAGACCCAAAUAGAGCUACUGGACCAAUACAGACGAGACCUGGAGCAAGAGAAAAUGGCUCGAAUGCAGAUGGAAGAGCAGGUGGCUGAAAAGGCCAGUGAAGUGGAGCAGUACUGGCAGCGUAUGCAGGAACUGGAAGAAAUGUACCGUCAACUGAAAAAGGCACUAGACGACGAGAGACAGGCAAAAGAGGAUGAAGAAGCCCUGCGCAAACUGCAGGCAAGACUGCUACAACAGGAGGAACACAAGAGGCUUGAAUUAGAGCAGAUUCACCUGCAGCAGCAAGAACUCUUAACCCAGUCCCAGAAGGAAAAACAAGAGCUGGAAAGGGAGCGGGCCGAGAAGGAACGAGCCCUGCAGGCUGCACAGGAGCAGCUGGAGCUUCUCAGAAGACAGAGAGAAGGGGCGCAAGAGGAAUACAAGGUUGUUACAACGAAACUGGAACGGGCAGCUCACAAAACAAAGAAUUGGACGCACAAAGUCUCUAAUCAUGAGGGCCUACUUCAAAUCAUUCAACCAGGCAACAAGGGUCCCACUAGAAUGACCAACUGGGGACAAGCAGCGUUCACUGACACAGAGCUGAAAGAGAUGGAGAGGAUCUGGCAGGAGAACAAGAAUAGGUCACAUGAUGAACAAUAACAUCUAAAACGUCCAUUUCUUUUAUUCGCGUAUAUUUAUUUUGUAUUUGCGUGGUAGUUGUCAUCUUGACUACAUCAUGUACUCUUUUAAUUAAU